UCAAACGAUGAACAAAAAAAAAUAAAUUAAGGAAAUGUGAUUAUGGUGACAUUUACGAAGAAUGACGCAUCAAAUGUUACAAGUAAUAAGCAAGUGCUCUACCUCUCAACUCGUAUUUUAAAAGAAUGCUUUGGACCAUCGUUUUCAUUUGCUUAAUAUGUUCUCCUACUGGACGUAACGAACAAGAAAUGCAUAAUGUUAAGCCUAGAAUUAUCGGAGGAUAUCGUAUUAAUAUCAGAUCGCGUCCAUUUAUGGUAUCUCUUCAUGACGAAUUAAAUGAUUUUCAAUGCGGAGCAAAUAUAUUGUCAAGAAGAUGGGUGAUUACUGCGCUUCAUUGUUUUAAUUCCAUAGAUCAAAACUAUUAUUACAUUCGUGCAGGCUCAAAUUAUACCGAUCACGGUGGAACAUUACACAGAGUUAAAAAAAUUUAUGCUUAUAAUGAGACGAUCUAUCCAUACUGGUCUACGAAAUUAUAUUAUCACGAUAUUGCCCUUUUCAAGGUGACACCACCCUUUCGAUUCUCUUCGAUGAUUCAACCGAUUGGUUUACCGAACAACAAUAAAAUACCACGUAGACUUUACGUUUCUGGCUGGGGACAUUCUUCUUUGAACAUUUUUUUUUUUUUUUUUCAGAGUAACUCUCAUCGUAUUCUGAUGACUGUGAACAUUCCUUACGUUCCAUUUAAAGCCUGUGUCAACUCUGUACCAUUGUAUAAAUUACUCGUUAGAAGGGAUCGUCAUCUCUGUUACGGUAGACGCGGCAAGGAUUCAUGCUACGGAGAUUCCGGCGGUCCAUUGGCUGAUGUUCGCACGAUUUAUGGCAUCGUAUCCUUCGGCCAUAAUUGCGGCGAGGUUUCUGGAGUUUACGCAAAAAUCUUUUACUAUCGUGAAUGGAUCAAGAUUAUUACAAAAUUAUAAGUAAGAGUGUAUGCACAAGAAGAUCUUAUCUUUGAUAAUUUCCACCUUUUGAUUUCAUUCCUAUUACAAUUGUAAUUCUCGCAAAUUUCCUCGUAAGUCAUAUCUAUGUAUUUAUCUAUUCGUAUCUUUGUAGAUACCAACACAUAGAACAAGAAAGUUUAAUAAAAGAUUAUAUUACUCCUGA